AACAAAACUCUACCUCUAGAUUAGCUACUGAUACUAGACAAGUAGACUAAGUCGGAAGUGUCUUAAUUUUUCAUCCAAAUAAACCAGGUCAUGUCGGAAUUGGUUAAAUCUUCUGGAUCUAGAAUCUAGGAAUGGUCAGCCUAAAUGAUAAUGAUAUGACCAAAGUCAAUAGCACCUGUAGAUAUAAUUGGUAUGAAAGUGUACUGCAACUCAUGUGUGUAGCUGCUUGGAACCACUUACAAUGUUUGGCCUCAGCAAACUCAAUCGUGCCAACCGUUUGUUACUAGGUGUCAUUGCUCUUCUGAUUGUUGAUGUCAUAUGGGUGGCAUCGGAGGAAAUAACAAAGUAUCUGUUUCAAGAGCCAAAGUUUGAUAAGCCGUUCUUCACCACCUAUGUCCGGACUGUCAUGUUCUCAACCUAUCUUUUGGGAUUCAUUGUGUGGAAACCAUGGAGAGACCAGUGUUGCUAUAAAAAGCUUGCGUUGGGAGAUGAAAUAGCUCCUGCCCCAUCCCCCGUUGAGCUGGAGUCUAUGUUGAGCUCUCCUAUUUAUGUCCCCUUGAAAUAUGACAGUCAUACAAGUGGUGGAGAGUCAGAUGAUGCCAGCAGUGGAGGCACAAGCAAGUCUGUUAGGUUUAGUAAUUUAUCUGAAGUUCGUCAGCUCUCAGAAACCUAUGCCAUUGAACACAACUUGGCCAGGUUGUCAUUUCAAGCCAGUGCUCAAGCUGCUGAGAAGUUAAACAUUCUACAAAACAGAUUGCCGCUCAUUCAAGUCAUCAAGCUGGCUUGUUAUUUCUCUGUCUUUUGGUUCUUUGCUACCUACACCUACCAGCUGGCCAUGGACCAAACAGAAGCUGGCGUGGUCAGUGUUUUUUCAUCUACCUCAGGUCUUUUUGUUCUUGUGGCCUCCUCUAUCUUUCCCAGUGGAACCACAGACAAGUUUACACUCUCCAAGCUUGUAGCUGUCUUUAUCAGUAUUCUAGGUAUAGUCAUGGUAUUUAAGUCAGAGAGUUUACAAGAAGGUAUUCCUGCUAGUGCACUAUGGGCCAUCUUCAGUUCUGUAUGCUACUCCAUAUAUUUGGUGCUCCUACGACGCAAGGUGGACAAUGAGGACAAAAUAGACAUUCCAAUGUUUCUGGGUUUUGUAGGCAUCCUGUGUGCCGUAUCAAUGUGGCCAGGGUUCUUAAUACUUCACUAUUCCAAACAGGAGCCCUUCGAGUGGCCCAACAAGAAGCAGUGGGUGUACAUCUUAUUGAAUGGAGCUAUAGGGACUGUGUUUUCUGAGUUCUUGUGGCUUUUAGGCUGUUUUCUAACAUCAUCUUUAAUAGGAACUUUGUCACUUAGUCUACUUUUACCAAUGAGCAUGUUAGCUGAUGGGGCAAUCAAAGAUAUUCAUUUCAGUGUAUUAUAUUACCUGGGUUCACUUCCCAUAGUCCUAGCCUUCAUUGUGGUCAGUCUACUUACCCACUGGGAAAAUUGGGAUCCAGUCAUGCUUGGGGUCAAGAAAGCUUUACAGUUUCUGUGCCGCAGACGGACCGUGAUCAGAGUCAGAGAUUUGGACAGAGAGCAGACAACUAGUUUGAUAACAGAAGAGUCCAAUCACUGAUGGUCAAUUCCUGCAUUGGAGACACUUUGUACAAACCUACAGCCAGAAUAAAACAUUGAGCAAGCAACAAAAUAUAUCAUAGAUAUAUAUACAUCAUCCAACUAGUUUGAUGGUAGUGUUGUAUGUUGAUGGCAAUUUUGAUGGCAGUGUUAUAUGUUAAUGACAGCAUUGCAUGUAACAGUGUUGUAUGUUGAUCUUGUUUGUUGAAAUAGAACCACAGCAUUGUACUAGUAACAUCAUACACCCAAACAUGAUACAAUUGGAUUGAGUGACUACUGCCUUGUAAAUAGAUGAUGUGAUGACAUUGUUACCUAUUGUUGGUGUAUGGUGUUUAUUUAUUAGGGCUACAUCCCUUGUUGAUUUCCUGGUCAUUUUAUCUUCUGUGUCAAUGUUGAAAGAUUUUCACUGAUUUAAUUUUUCUGAGGUUGUGAGAUUUUUGUCUUGGUCAUGUGCAUUUUUUUGUAACUUGAAACAAAAUUUAUUUUAAUCUUUGCAAAGAUUUUUAGACAGAAAUUGACAUUCAGGAAUAAAAGGUUCUAUGAA